AUGUCUGACUGGGCCAGCAAAUUACAGCGAAAGGAUAGUGUCAAGGAAGGGCCUAAAGAGAAGCCCAAGACAGCUCCUAAAGAAACGCAAAAGGAGAAUGCAGCCUCACCGCCUGCUCCAGCCCCAGCUCAAACAGACAAGGCCAAGCCAGUAACCAAGAACGAAGCCAGUGACUUCAAUGGCACCGAAUUGGCAGCAUUUCUUAAGAAGUCGUACUCUACAGCUUUAGAAGAAGCCAAGAAAGACAAGGCUGGAGAGAAAUCAAGGAUAUACCGUUCGUUGGAUAGUCAUUCUGGAUGGACCAAGGCAAACGGUAACAAGAAGGAGGACCGUCAUGUCAGUAUCGUGACCGAAGUGACACGACAGGUAGCAGCAGGCCAAAAGAGCCGUCGAUGA